AUGGUUCCGGUGAGUAGCUGCGAUCGUUCAAAUUUAGCCAACAAUUUUCCUGUACUGCAUGUGCACCAGUCAAAUGUGCUUGAAUCAAACGAAUCCUCAUCAAUUUUGAGACGAAGGACUCUCACCGUUUCGCAUACGUCGACAUUCGGGCCAACCGGUGCCCGGCCCUUUUUAGCCCCGGAACCCAGGCCUCUCCCGGUGGAUGCCGUUUUCCUAUCAAUUAGUUCCAGCUUCCGUCACUACACCAAAACCAUCCAUUCAGUAGGAAGCACAUUCCGCCUACCAAAGCAUGGCGCUACAAUACAUGAAAUAUUCCUCAAAUCAAAAUGCCUCCCAAAUACAAACGGUGGGGGACGGUGGGGGGAAUCACCCAUCUUACUAUUAUCAAUAUAA